AUGCCCGUCGCCAUGGAUUUGAGUAGCAUCAUGAAUAGCGACGCCAGCGGUGCCAAAUCCAAUCCUCCGCCGCCCACCCAAUCAUCGAGUCCUCCAUCCGAUCUGUCUCAUAAACAGCGCACACAAUCGGCCUACUCAGAAUAUCCAGUGCGUCCUCCACAGCCUCCAUUGCAGCACGCCCAGCAUAUCUCGCCUGAACGAUCCUCGCCCUACGGCCCUGCCCAAUCGCCAUACCAGCAAUUCAACGCAGGCCCCCCAUCUGUCAAUACAGCUGUACGAUCCAAAAGAAGUCAAAGUCCUACACAUGCUUCCUCCCCAUAUGGACCGGCGUCGCGUGACCCGUACGGUGCUGCAUCGGCGUACAAUUCGCAUCCUCAACACCCCGCGGGCCCCUUGGCAUCACCAUAUACGCCGCAACAGCCCAUGAGCGCAGGAAUCCAGCAAGCUGAACAGUCAUCGUACUUUGCUCAGCAACGAUCUCAUUCCCUUCAUAACAUCAUGGCCAACCCGCACCCUCUCCCUCGAGACAGCCCUCCUUCCCUCGCCCAGCCUCCCCCGUCGCAUCAAUUUUCUCCAACCGCGCAGCGUUCAGUACCCGGCACUCCAUUAGGACCCCCACCUACAUUCGCGUCGCGUCAAUCACCUUCUACCCGUCCCCAAUCUUCCGGUCACGAGUCUCCACGUAAUCCGCUGGCAAGUCCUAGGUCAGGACAGGACCUCCAAGCCCGAGAUUCUACGCAAGUGCCAUCGCCUUCAAGGCAACGUCAGUUUUCCCCCGGAUCUCGCCCCUCUGAGGCUUCAUCCAAUCAUCCUCCCACGGGUCUGCAGCAAUCAUCAUUCUCAGAAGACGUCAGUCCCAAAUUUUCUCGGCAAGGAAGCGUCGUAGCCACCUCUGAUUCCGCAGCGGCUGUCUCAGUUCGCCAGUCAAGUGAUAACAAGUGGAAUGAGAGUCCCACAUCACUUUUUCACUCUGGUCCUGGGUCAGAUUCACUCGCGUCGCCUAUUGCAGCAACCCACAUGCAGAUAAACAGCUCCCCAUCAGCCUCUCGGAGCGACUCCCAUCCCGUAAAGAUGGAAAUUGAUCACGAACCAAACACACGUCUGUCAAGUCAGCCUCCAAAACCGAAGAGACGGCGCUACAAUGAGCCCCCGAUUUAUGCCCAGCGAAUUAUCCGCAAUAAAGGCAAAUGUCCGGUGAUCCCGAAUCCGCGCCCACUCGUCCCGAAACACGCCAGGGACUCGAAUGAGGAUCUUUGGGGCAGUCGUCGAGGCUCUUCUGUUGCAGGACAUGUCCCAGCUGCUGCUACACCUAGAUCUGCUGCCCGGACACCCAGUGCGGCCCCAUCAAGCAUGAACGGCCCUGCCGCGUCUGCACCAUCUGCACCGUCUGCAGCCCCUGUGUCCAUUCCCAGUAAACCCCAAAGCGGAGGGCUUUUGGGUGCGUGGGAGCCCUCUAUCACCGGAUUUAUCCCAUAUGAAGAAACCACCAAGGUUCUUUGUGAUUUCCUGUUUCAACAUGUCGUCAUGAGAACUGAUGUGGCUGCUGGACCGGCCGGGUCUGCAGCCGUCGGGCAGGGUGCCAUCAUUGAGAUUGAAGCAAAACUCGGCCAUGUCAUGGACAUGGAUCGAGGGGAGAGGCUCAUGUUACCUGUUCUCACCGAAACGGUCCUCAACAAAGACACCCCACGACUCCGAACUUCAUUUGAAAGUAGCAUGAGUGUUGAACAACAUCGCGCCAUGAACAAUUUCCUUAAUGAUGCCGUCAAGUCCUCCAUGCCGAUUAACAACCCGAAUCGGGUCCCGAUCUCAUACGCGCACAAAAAGGAGCGUGAUACCUUUUACGAAGUCUCACCCGCCGAACUGCCUCCAGUCAUUCGCCAGAACCUAAACCCAAGGCAUAAGCCUAAGGUACGAGUGACAACAGACCAAAAAACCGGCGAAAUCCUAGCGAAGAUCGUGAAGUGCCGUGUAGCCGACAUGGAUGUGUGUAGUCCACGGACGGUUGUUGAUUGGCGUGUCAGCGUGAACCUGGAAAUGGAGUAUGAGGGUGAUGUGUCAAACUUGACCAUGGUCGACAUGUCCAAAGGUGGUCGUGGCGAGCGAAACAAGGACCGCAUGAGCUACCGGCAUUUAGCCUACCAAAUCGACCUAACUCAAGUAGCUAAGGCCGAGCCUCCAACGAAAAAUGAUUUCGAGCACGAGCUUGAGGUUGAGAUCUCCGCUGCUGAAAUUCGCCGACAGGGUCAACUUGCCGUGAAGGGUGAUCCGAGUAAUCAGUACGAGCAGCUGGUGAAGGGGUUUGUGGAUAAUGUUCGCGUGCUGGCACGAGCCGUGCCUCCUUGA